UCGGUAUCUCUUCUGUGCUUUCGGUCGCUUGCACGCUGUCAACCACGGGCUUCUUCUGGACGAGGUUGGAGCUCAGAUACUACACAAUGGACAGCUUGUCUGCCUCUAUGUGUCGGACCUGCCGUGUACGACUGCUCAAAACCUCCUCAAACAGUCGAGCCUUCGGCACUACCUCUUCCCGUCUUCACAUUCCCCCAGAAUCACCAGCUUUCAUCGACAUCCCGCAACCGCACCAACCCCUCCGUGAUCCUAAACCUAUCGUCAAAGGUGUCCUGCCUGUUCCUCGCGAGGUCUUUCCCGCCAACCGUCCGGACAAGCCCGGCCCAACGUACCUCGCCAAUGUUACCCGCGACCCUCUCCCCAAGAACCUCCCACCGCCAGCCCAGCUCACCGAAAUCGGGAAAUAUAAGCGGCGCAUGGCCGAUAUGCGCAAGUCACACCUGCGCGAAAGUCUGGAGGAACUACACGCACGCAAAAGAGUCAUAGAUGGACAGAUUGCACAUCGAAGCGCGAUGAGGCAGAAACUUAAUGCAAGAUUGGUCUCCCAAGCCCAGCGAGAGGACGAAAGACUCACGAACGUGUCUAUCCCAUCGGCAAUGCGGCCGCAGCGUGUUCUCAAACUCUCCGCCGAAGAAGAAUUGGCAAUCUAUAAUGCCCGCAAGGCGGCACAUGAGGCGAAAUUGGCCGCGAAGCAUGAGGAUCGUCUUGAUAAAUUGCACACUUUAUACAUGAAUGCAAGGGAAUUCAUCACGACAAGAGAGCAGCUUGCGACGGCUAUUGACCAGGCUUUCCAGACGACGAAGAGUAUUUGGGCUCGACAAGGCAUGCCAGACACGAUUGAGGAGAUCAUUAGGCGCGGGAGAGACAGGACGUCGAACCAGGGCAGAGCUGGUGUGACGUUGACUGGGGACGUGAGUGAGCGGGCGUUGAAGGAUCAGGAGCGGAUGCAGAGAAUCGCAGAGAAGUUGAGUGGUGGAAAGAUGUAACUUUCGUCUCAGGUGUUACAGAAGAAGUUGUGGUCGACGUUGGCAGUGACAGCGUAGAGCUAUUUAGCAAAGAGCUACGACUGAGUUCGUGGCUUUGUAUUAUAUCAUACUCUUUCGAGCUGAUAUUUGAUGGUUAUGUCUAUGAUGUAGAGCC